AUGUUGGACACGAACACACUGCGGCUUCCAUCAAGUCUCAGUUUCUGGAUACUCACCGCUAUCAGUACCUACUGGGUUCUCGUUCGCGCUCUCCAGUAUAGGCGUCGCGAUGGGCUCACUCACCGCCUCCAUUACCCCGACCGCUCGUCAUGGAAUCGAAUGACUCUCAAAGAUGCGCACGCAAUCCACGUUUCUCUCACUGAACUCGAGUUCCCACUCGUGUUCCACAUCUCCACAUUCUUCGCCCUCUUCAAAACCUAUGGCAUCCCCAGUAUCUCAAAAUUGCUGGUCGCAACAGGACAAUUGUCCUGCCCAGAAACAGCGUCGAAGCGAGCUGCCGAUACCGCUACCAUUAUGACCGAGGUGAUUAUUAACAAACCCGAUUGCGAAAGGGCUAUCAGUGGCAUAGCGCGUAUGAACUAUCUCCAUAGUCGGUAUAUCAAAGCCGGGAAGAUAUUGAAUGACGAUAUGUUGUAUACGCUCAGCCUCUUCGUUCUUGAGCCUAUUAGGUGGACUGCCAGAUAUGAAUGGCGUGAUGUCACGGACUUCGAGAGGUGCGCCAUGGGUGUCUAUUGGAAGGAUAUGGGUGAGGCUAUGAAGAUAUGGUACGAUGUUCUACCUUCGGCCAGUCAAGGAUGGCGCGACGGAUUUCACUGGCUCGAUGAGUUGGAGGUGUGGAGUUUGGCAUAUGAGGCUCAGAACAUGGUGCCUGCUGAUACGAACGCGACGCUUGGUCGUGCUACUUUCGAUGUGGCCUUAUUCAACGUACCUUCCGCUCUCAAACCUUUUAGCUUUACCGUGGCGCAUAUGUUACUCGAGCCGCGCUUGCGGAAAGCGAUGAACAUACCACAACCCCCUACCAUAUACUACCAAGCUCUGCACGUAUUCGUUGAGAUCCGCAAGUUCUUACUCCAAAACUUCUUCCUCCCCCGUCCGUACUUCCUACGCCCGGACUGGUUCACAGAAGUCGACGGGCGCACUGGCCGCGCCAAUGCUGGUCAAUACAUUGACCGGCCCUGGUACGUAAAACCGUCGUUCAUGAAGAGGUGGGGUCCAAACGCGUUGUUGCUGCGACUCGUUGGCGGCCUCGUCCCAGGAGACGAACGAUACUGUCCAGAGGGAUAUCGGAUCCACGAACUUGGUCCUGUGGAGCUCGUGGGGAAGGGUGAUGAUGAGAUGCGCGAUACAAGAGAUAAGUUGAGAGCGAAGAGAACGGGGUGCGUGAUAAACUACUCCUCAAAUUCCGACCGGGCCAAUACCCUUGUGAAAGAGCUCUCCUCCAUCUCAGGCCCCUCUUCCGAUUCCAACCCACGUUUCCACCUCAUCCAAGCGGACAUGUCUUCAAAGCCGUCAGUUCAGAAUCUGGUUAAAGAGACCAUCGAAAAAAUGGGCCGCCUAGACGUCGUCGUCUCAAACGCCGGCUGGACACGCAUGACCACCUUCACAGACAUCGAACAACAAAUCAACGACGAAGAUUGGGACAAAUGUUUCACCAUGAACGUAAAAACGCACAUGUGGCUCGCCUAUGCCGCAAAAGACGCCUUAGCCGAACACGAAGGCACCUUCAUCUCAACGGCGAGUGUAGCGGGUGUCAAGCCGAGUGGGAGUAGCGUGCCGUAUGCUGUUACCAAAGCGGCACAGAUACAUCUUGCGAAGAGUCUGGCUGUUAUCCUCGCGCCGAGGAUUAGGGUGAAUAGUAUUAGUCCUGGUAUGUUGCUUACAGAGUGGGGCCUCAAGUUUCCGGAGAAGAAAAGGGAGGCGGCAAUUCAGAAUACCAAGUUGAAGAGGUUGGCGACGGUGGAGGAUUGUGCGGAGCAGGUUAGAUGUUUGGCGCUUAGUAAGAGUAUUACUGGGCAGAACAUUUCGAUUGAUGGGGGGUCUUCUGUGUAG